UAAUUUCUUCGAUUUCUGUGUUUUACUUGAGGAGAGAUUACUUAGGUUUCAAUGGCGGAGGAGGUGAUUCUGCUGGAUGUAGGGGUCAGCAUGUUCUGCCUAAGGGUGAAAAUAGCUUUGGCCGAAAAGGGUAUUAAGUGCGAGUACAUAGAACAAGAUCUUCAGAACAAGGACCCUUUGCUUCUGAAGAUGAACCCAUUUCACAACAAGGUUCCUGUUCUCAUUCACAAUGGAAAAUCUAUAUGCGAUUCUCUCAUUAUUUUGCAAUACAUCGAAGAGGUUUGGCCUGAGAAACCUCCUUUACUUCCCUCUGAUACUUAUCACAGAGCCCAAGCAAGGUUGUUGGCAGACUUCACUAACAAGAUCCAUGGUUGUGGUUGGAAGAUAUGUCUUUGGGAUGGUGAAAAGCUUGAAGUAGCCAAAAAAGAAUUAGUUGAAAUGUUGACGGUGAUUGAAGGAGAGCUUGGAGAUAAGCCAUACUUUGGAUUUGGAGGGGAGAGGUUUGGGUUUGUAGAUGUUGCCUUAAUAGGAUUCUACAGUUGGUUUAUUGUGUAUGAGAUGUUUGGGAAGUUCAGUAUGGAGAGUGAGUUUCCCAAGCUCAGUGCCUGGGCCAAGAGGUGUCUACAGAAGGAAAGCGUCUCCAAAUCUAUUACUGAUCAUAUAGAUGGGAACAAGACUUACCAGUACGUUGUCCAAUCCAGGAAGAGGUUGUUGGAGUAAACAAAUAUCGUAUCUAUUCUAUAUAAAGUGUGCCUAUAUAACUGAAUUCUUGGUUUAUGAGAAAUUCAUGGGUGACUUUUUAUUUUUAUUUAAUAAAAUAAUAAAAUAUUAUUUAUAUAUAAUAAAAUAAUAAUAAAAUAAAUCUCAUUAAUAUUUGAA